AAUGCAUGACACUGACAGAGGAGGUAGACUGACAAGGAAAGCAUCUUGACUGGCAACAGAAUGAUUCUUCAAAUGGUUUGUGAAACCACCUUUCUUCUCUCCUUGUGCCUCACUGCAGCCACCAGCACAGAAAGCACCUGUCCAGAGGUGAAGGUUGUGGGCCUGAAUGACAAGGACAGACUGACCAUCCUUCAGGGCUGCCCAGGACACCCAGGACACCCAGGAAUACCAGGUACCCAUGGAGCUCCAGGCAUGAAGGGAGAACAAGGCAUGCCAGGCCCUCAAGGUGUGAAAGGAGAACCAGGAGUUUUUGGAAAGACUGGCCCAGCUGGAGCUAAAGGACAGAAAGGCGAACCAGGGGAUCAGGCUGGUACAGGGUCACGUAACUGUAAGGAGCUGCUGGACCAGGGGAACUACAUCAGCGGCUGGUACACAGUGAGGACAGAGGGAGACAAAGACAUCAGGGUGUUCUGUGACAUGGAGACAGACGGGGGCGGCUGGCUUGUAUUCCAGAGGAGGUUGGAUGGAUCAAUAGAUUUUUUACGAGACUGGGCCUCUUACAAGCGAGGGUUUGGUAACCAGCAGUCAGAGUUCUGGCUGGGCAACGACCACAUUCAAACACUGACCAGCUCAGGGAAUAAUGAAUUAAGGAUAGACUUCAAGGAUUUUGACAAUGUGUCUACUUUUGCAAAAUACCAGUCCUUCAUGAUUAUGGGGGAAUCAGAGAAUUACAAACUUGUGCUAGGGGGAUUUCAAGGUGGAAGUGCAGGUGAUUCCCUAUCGUAUCAUAACUCAAGGCCCUUUUCUACCAAAGACCGCGACCAUGACACUUACGACAGGAGCUGUGCUGAAAUUUUUCAAGGAAGUUGGUGGUAUGGGGACUGCCAUCACUCAAAUCUGAACGGGCUCUAUCUGGGAGGGAGUCAUGAGACACAUGCCAAUGGAAUCAACUGGUUGUCUGGAAAAGGCCAUAAGUAUUCCUAUAAGUACUGUGAUAUGAAAAUACGACCCACUUGAGGCCCAGCAGAGGUUUAAUGUUAAUCCUUGACUCCCACAUAAUGUAAACAUUUAACUGUACUGUACUGUACAGAAUGGAUGUGUCUCAUGUAGUCUAUGUUUAACACAUUCUCUUGCUUGUUUAUGGAAGUCAUUGUCAAAACUAUGGCUAUGUAGAUCACAUCAUACAGUUUAUUGUAAGGGAGACAUGCUAAAGCAUUGAAAAUAUUUAUCAAUAGUUGGUGAGUUACAUGAAAGAUAACAACUAAGGGCUAUAAAGAACUGAUUAAUACAAUGCUAAAAUAAUAUUUUAUUUUUUAUUCUACAUGGACGAAAACAUAUGUAUGACAAAUACGACUGCCCUGUGCAAUGUUUUUAUGAUUAUAUUAUCUUUAGUGUAAAACAUCAUAAGAAUUUUUUAAGCAAGACACUAUCCAAUCUGUAAUCCAUUUUUCUCUAUGAAGUAUUUUAUUCCAAUUGUAUUUAUUGGGGGCAAGAAUACGCCUAGAUGGCACAAAAAGAAGCCCAUUUCACUGGUCAAAGUAUAGCUAUGUCUUGCUGAUAAAUUCUAAAAAAGACAAAAGAAUUUUACAUGACAGUUUGCCCAUUAUGUGCACAGCAGAAUUUUGUCAGCUUACCAGUUAUCUCAUUUUGUAUAAAGGGACUAAGCCUAACAUUCUAAAUUUAACCUGGAUGGUACCUAUAUAACUUUUUAGUCAUUGUUUCCAUUGACAAGGUAUAGUCUUUCCAGACCUGGCUUACUCAUGCCCCCAGUCAUCGCACCCAAACCUCAUACUUUGUCUUGUGGGAGGCAAACCCACACAAUGGUUCAUUGUCAGCUGUUCAGGCUAGAGGGGUAAAACCUGUUCUCUGGGUCUUGUUCAUGAGCGAGGGUAGAGGGAAUUGAGGCACAGACCAGUGGUUUGGUGCAGUGUUAACAUUAAUGCGGACAAUGUUCCAAACCGUUGUGGUGAAGUCCAGAUAAAGCUCUUGGUUUUCUGGUUGAUCUACAGUACGUUCCAGCCCUCGCCUAUGGCCAUGAACCUUUGGUAGUCACAGAAAGAAUGAGACCAUGGGAAAUUAGGUUUCUCCAUAGGGCUGCUGAACUUACUCUCUAUGAUAGAGUGAGGAGGUCUGGGAGCAACCUGUACUUACCGGUCAAGCAACCAAGGAGUCAGAGGAGCCAGAUGAGGUGGUUCAGGCGUCUGGUAAGGAUGCCCCCAGGGUGCCUCCUGCUGGAGAUAUACCAGGACAGACCCACUGGGAAGAGACCCCAGGGCAGACCCAGCACACACAACUGCUGGAGAAAGGGAAGCCUGUUACCACUGAGACCCUCAUCAGGAAUGAACAUUUAGAAAAAAAGAUGUGACUUUUUUUCUUAUGUUUUUGAAACCACCUCGAGCAAUGAAACAAUAAAGACACCUCCAAACCCCUGA